AUGGCCACGACAGGCGUGUCUCCCACGCCAGCGCCGACAAUCGCCGCGGUGCCACCUUUGGCCCCCGCCCUGGCCGUCCGCCCGUCCGUAGCUCCCUCACCUGGUCCCGGAACUCCCGGCUCCAUUACGUCCAAAGAAUGGGUUAUCCCUCCUCGCCCCAAACCUGGCCGCAAGCCUGCCACGGAUACACCACCUACGAAGCGUAAGGCCCAAAAUCGGGCUGCGCAGCGCGCAUUCCGAGAGCGUCGGGCCGCUCGAGUACAGGAACUCGAGGAGCAAAUCAAGGAAAUCGAAGAUGGGCAUGAAGCUCGGGUCGCUGCUCUGACAGAGCAGAUGAGCAAUCUGUCAAGAGAAAUGGAACAGGCUCGGGAGGAGGUCAAGUGGUGGCGCGACCGAUGCCAUGCACUCGAGAAGGAGGUUUCAAUUGAGCGCAAUGCGAAGGAGACGCUGACCAAAGAGCUUCGGUCUUCUACAACGGCCCUUUUCAACAGAGCAUCUUCGUCAACAAUGCCUGACUCUGUGCCACUUCCACCUCGCAAACGCCCCUUGACCCGGUCAUCUCGCAUGGAUGACUUGUUUUCCACGAAUAAAGACCAUGAAAAAGACGAUGGCCUGGACCACGUACCUUUGGGGUGUAACAGUUGCUCAACCACACAUUGUCAGUGCAUUGAGGACGCUUUUGGCAUGCCGAUCGACACGCACGAGUCCUCUCGUGCUAGACACCCUCCUCACGGUGUCGGUAGUCCCGCUCGGGAUAUCUCGGAUCCAGAGAUCAAGCCCGAUCCAGAGGAGAUGGAGAUAGAUUUCACAUCGCGGUUUGCGGCUGCACCGGCUCAGUCCAGCUUACAUGCUGAAAACGAAGUCUCCUCGCCACCCGUGGACCCUUGUGGGUUCUGCCAGGACGGUACUCCGUGCAUAUGUGCCGAGAUGGCUGCCCAAGAGCAACAGCGACAGCAAGCACAACUCUCAAGGAAUCGACGGGAAUCCUUCGGCAACAACCGUCUUGCACCGAUUCAGUCCAUGUCCCAAUUUACCCCACCUCCUUCUGAGAGUGAUGUGCGCUCCGAGGUCACUCUUCCACCAAUUAACCAGGCAACCAAUCCUUGCAUCAAUGGUCCUGGCACUUGUGCUCAAUGCCAGGCCGAUCCCCGGAGUACGCUUUUCUGCAAGACGUUGGCCGCCUCUCGAUCGGCCAGUGGCAGCCCAUCCGGAGGCGGAUGCUGCGGGGGCAAGGGUGCGGACGGAGGAUGCUGCAUGUCGCGAAAUGCACCCUCCUCAUCAAGUGCACCCAAAGCUUCCUCGUCUGCCCAAUCCAUAGCGCCAAAGCCAGCCAAUACAAACGCGCUGACCUUGAGCUGUGCUGACGCUUUCACCACCCUCUCGCGCCACCCGAACUUUAACCAGGCUAGCGACGAGAUUUCAACUUGGCUUCCGAAGCUGCACACUCUGCCUAAUCCGCGUGAUCUGGCUCUUCCGGAGGGUCAUGGCAACAGACCCGCGAUGGAAGUCGAGGCAGCCAGUGUGAUGGGUGUGCUUCGUUACUUUGACAGGCGAUUCGCCGACAAUUGA